CUUCAGACCGCAAGAGGCGGAAGUGACGCAGUGGCAGUAGCACAACACUCACACGUUGGGCGGAGUUAAAGUCACCCCGUCGAGCCGGGGUUGUAUCAUCAUCUGGUCAUCUGGGGUUGUAUCGUACGUCUUUGAAUUCAACGUCGGCUGCCAUCUCUCAAUCCACCUAACCGGCGGCACGACAUGCUUCAGCUAGGGGAUGAGGUCUCGCUGUACUCGGUCGUGUUCGUGGUGGCCUUGCUGGCCACUCGCAGUCCGGUGUGGUCCGGCGUCCUCACCAGCAGCCUCUACCUCUUCCUGGCCAUGUUCCGCUUCCCCCAGCUACCUGCCGGCCGAGUCCGACAAGUGCUUCACCCGGCUGGAUCCGGGAAGGUGUCCGUUGUAGCUCACCGCGGAGGCGGACACGACGCACCGGAAAACACGAUAGCGGCUAUCCGGCUGGCCAGUAAGAACGGGGCCUCUGGAGUGGAGCUUGACCUGGAAUUCUCUGCAGACGGGGUCCCGAUCCUGAUGCAUGACGACAGUGUGGAUCGGACCACAAAUGGAUCAGGCCCCCUUAGUCAACUAAGAUUUGCUGAAUUGGGUAAACUGGACGCAGCUGCUAAACAUCGACUAAGAGACAAGUUUACUGGUGAGAAGAUCCCAACACUGGAGCAGGCAGUGGAGGAAUGCAUCAAACUACAGCUAAGCAUCUACUUUGACGUGAAAGGCCAUCCAGAUGAGGCAGCUGCAGCGCUCUCGGCUCUCUACAACAAGCAUCCGGUCCUCUACAACAGCAGCAUCGUCUGCUCUUUCGAGCCCAAAGUCAUCUACAAGAUGAGGCAGAUUGACCCCCAAGUGGUCACUGCGUUGACCCACAGGCCCUGGAGCUUGAGCCACUUUGGCGAUGGCUCCCCACGUUACUCGUCACCAUGGAAACACCACUGGCUGACAUUGAUGGAUAUCAUCUUGGACUGGGCCCACCAUCACGUGCUGUGGAAGCUCUGUGGCAUUUCCGCCUUCCUGGUGCAAAAGAACUUUGUCUCGCAUGACUAUGUGCAAUACUGGAGCCAGAGGGGCGUGGAGGUGGUUGCCUGGACUGUCAAUAACGGUGUGGAGAAGCAACACUACCAGGAGUUUCUGAAAAUCAGCUACAUCACAGACAGCCUUGUGGAGGACUGUGACCCGCACUACUGACACUCCCAACAUGCUCUGACAAAAACAAACUCCAAAUUCCUCUAGUGCCGUUCUUUUAGAAUGUACACGUGUGUUAGGUAUACUUUGUAGACUACCUAGAAAGUUACAAACACACUAUUUGGCUCAACCUAAAUUGCACUAUAAACUUUGCAAGUGAACUUAAUUUAGCUCCUUAUUAUAAAAAUACAGAAGCACUGAACAGAUGGACAUUUCUUUUAGAAAUAGAGAGAGGUGGUCAAGCUCCCCUGAAAAGGUUAUAGUGCAUUUUAGGUUUCUCUGAAAAUUUCACCCGAAAGCUAAACAGCCAUACCUUUUUGUAAGUAGCAUUUAUGUGCCAUGAGGACACAGUAAGAGGACUUUGAAGCUCCUUCACGUGACGCAUCACACUCCCUUCUGAUGGCAACAAUACUUCCCACUUGACCAACAGCAGCAAUUAAGGUGGUUCAAAAUCUGGAAUGAAACAACUGGUCAGAUCACAUGGCAGUGUUUUAUUAAAAUUGUUCCGAGGUUUUUUUUUUACUCUUGAUAUACACAGAAUACAUUUUCCGUUGUUUAUAUGUCAUUUUAUUAUGGACGUCGCGUCAGGACGUUGCUUCCAAUCAAUCAUGCAGCUACAUUGUUUUAAUUGUCAUUGUUCUAUGGAUCGUGAGAUGAUAAACCGAUGGAUGUACUAACAUAGUCAACCCUUCUGAUGUAACACCGGGACUCUCGCUCUUGCCAGUGGACUCAGGUGAGCGACCCAGAUAGUAAGGGAUAAGCAGACGUAGCCGUGAUAUCUGUCUGGAUAAGCCUGUCUGAGCCGUUUCUUGAUCACGGUGCUCCUCAGCGGUAACCCGCAGAUGACCCUUGUUUUCUUGACUUCAUCUUCAAGGGAAAUGUACUCUUUGUAAAAAUGCCACAGUGUAAGACAAAUGACUGCAUGUAUAUUAAAUGCUUCAUAUCCCUU